AUGACCUGGACUUCCUCUCAACUUCUUGAUGCCUUUCUGACCACCACAUCGGAGAAAAUCAUCCCUCUGACAGCCAAAGGAGUGGCAUCGGGUUCAAAGGUAUUUGGUGCGGCUAUUUUUAGGAAGUCAGAUUUGAGUGUGGUCGUGAUCGCUUCCAAUCAUGAAACAUCCAGUCCCUUACUGCACGGUGAAAUCAACUGCAUACAACACUUUUACGCUCUUCCAGCUGAUCAAAGACCUCCACCGAGCGAGUGCAUCUUCUUUGCGACUCACGAACCAUGCUCGUUGUGUCUGUCCGGCAUAACAUGGUCAGGGUUCGAUAACCAUUACUUCCUGUUCACGUAUGAAGAUACAAGGGACGCCUUCAAUAUACCUCAUGAUAUAAGGAUUUUAGAAGAAGUCUUCAAAGUACCCACUGCUGGCGAGUCUUCAGAAGACUUUGCAAAGAGACCAUUGUACAACAAGUCAAACGCAUUCUGGACGGCUCGAUCUGUAGCAGAGCUGGUGAACGACCUGGAAGGAGGCGAGAAGCAACAGAUGGAGGAAAGGGUGAAGAAGAUCAAGCAGGACUAUAAUGGCCUGUCGGGUGUAUACCAAGGGAGCAAAGGAAGCGCUGGGAUCCCUCUCGCAUAA